AUGUCUUUGAAAUUAACAGCAUUUCGUUUAUUAUCACCUACAAUUGGUGGUAUUCGUGGUUUUUCACAACGAACAUUUUUUGCUUUCCGAAUGAAUCAAUUUGUAAAUUUACAAAUGGUUAAAGAUUUGGAAGGUCAAGGGUUAACUAGAGGACAAGCAAACUCAAUAAUGAGAUGCAUGGAAGCAGUAUUAAUCAAUAGCCUCAAGAUUAGAUCAGAGUUAUUAUCCAAAGUAGAACUAGAAAAUGAAACAUAUCAUUAUAAAGCAGAAUUAACAGAUUUUCGGAUAGAAUUAGAAGUAAGUCGAAAGAAAAAUCAAACGGCAUUGAUGGCAGAAAUUGCUUCGAUACAAAGAGAUGUUUCAUCACUAGGACAAAAGCUUCAAGAUGAUAUAGCAAAUAUGAAUAGCAAUAUUCAAAACGAUAUUAAUAUGCGUAAAGAUCAAAACUAG